GCUCCCGGUGCCGGCCCCGGGACUACAAGUCCCAGGAGCGCCGCCGCCGCCUGCGCAGUGCCGCGCCCGCCCGGGCCGCAGCGGGAGCCGCCGGGGCGCUGGCCGGGGAAGCGAGAGGGAAGGCGGGCAGCCGAGGAGAGACGGAGCCGAGCAGGGGGCUGUGGCACCAUGGUGAAGCUGGACAUCCACACGCUGGCCCACCACCUGAAGCAGGAGCGGCUGUACGUGAGCUCGGAGAAGCAGCUGAUCCAGCGGCUCAACGCCGACGUGCUGAAGACGGCGGAGCGGCUCUACCGCACGGCCUGGAUCUCCAAACAGCAGCGCAUCAACCUCGACAGGCUCAUCAUCACCAGUGCCGAAGCUUCUCCCGCUGAAUGUUGCCAGCACGCAAAAAUCUUGGAGGACACGCAGUUUGUGGAUGGGUACAAGCAGUUGGGAUUCCAGGAGACUGCUUAUGGAGAAUUCCUGAACAGACUGAGAGAGAACCCCAGGCUUAUUGCGUCCUGCCUGGUGGCCGGAGAGAAGCUCAACCAGGACAACACCCAGGGUGUCAUCCACACGGUCUUCACCUCCAUCUAUGGCAACUGCAUCAUGCAGGAGGACGAGAGCUACCUGCUGCAGGUGCUGCGCUACCUGAUUGAGUUUGAACUGAAGGAAAGCGACAACCCCAGGCGGCUGCUGAGACGAGGCACCUGUGCCUUCAGCAUCUUGUUCAAGCUCUUCUCUGAAGGACUCUUCUCUGCAAAACUUUUCCUUACUGCUACCUUACAUGAGCCAAUCAUGCAGCUUCUGGUUGAGGACGAAGACCACCUGGAAACCGAUGCGAACAAGUUAAUUGAGAGAUUCUCCCCAGUACAGCAGGAAAAGUUAUUUGGAGAGAAAGGCACAGAAAAGUUCAAGCAGAGAGUCCAAGAGAUGGUUGACUCCAACGAGGCCAAGCUGGUGACCCUGGUGAACAAAUUCAUUGGCUAUCUCAAACAAAACACGUACUGCUUUCCUCACAGCCUGAGGUGGAUCGUGUCGCAGAUGUACAAGACGCUGUCGUGCGUGGACAGGCUGGAGGUUGGAGAGGUCAGAGCCAUGUGCACAGAUCUCCUUCUGGCCUGUUUCAUCUGCCCUGCCAUCGUCAACCCCGAGCAGUACGGCAUCAUCUCUGAUGCCCCUAUCAACGAGGUGGCAAGAUUUAAUCUGAUGCAGGUUGGGAGACUUCUGCAGCAGCUGGCAAUGACAGGCUCUGAGGAGGGAGAUCCACGUACAAAGAGCAACCUCGCUAAAUUUGACAAAAGCUGCGUUGCUGCUUUCCUGGACGUGGUGAUCGACGGGCGCGCGGUGGAGACUCCCCCGAUGUCGGCCGUGAACCUGCUGGAGGGGCUGAGCCGCACCGUGGUGUACAUGACCUACAGCCAGCUCACUGCCCUGGUGGGCUUCAUGCGGAACGUGAUGUCGAGCGAUCAGCUUAAGGAAGAUCGGAUGGCUUUGGAAAACUUGCUGGCGAAUUUACCCCAGAACAAGCCAGGGAAAAGCAGCAGCCUUGAAAUGACUCCGUACAACACCCCCCAGCUUUCUCCUGCAACCACUCCAGCCAACAAAAAGAACCGACUGCCCAUAGCCACUCGAAGCAGAAGUAGAUCAAACAUGCUGAUGGACCAGCACGGAGAUCAUGAAGGAUCCUCCCAGGAGACUAUUCCAGAAGUGCAGCCAGAAGAAGUGCUGGUGAUUUCCUUGGGGACAGGUCCACAGAUUACUCCAGGAAUGAUGUCAGAAAAUGAGGUGUUAAAUAUGCAGCUUGCAGAUGGUGGGCAGGGAGAUGUCCCCAUUGAUGAGAACAAGCUCCAUGGUAAACCUGACAAAACCCUGCGCUUUUCCCUCUGCAGUGAUAAUCUGGAAGGAAUAUCUGAAGGCCCUUCCAAUCGCUCCAACUCCGUGUCCUCCCUGGACCUGGAGGGGGAGUCGGUGUCGGAGCUGGGCGCGGGCCCCUCCGGCAGCAACGGCGUGGAGGCUCUGCAGCUGCUGGAGCACGAGCAAGCCACAACUCAGGAUAACCUGGAUGACAAGCUCCGUAAGUUUGAAAUCCGUGACAUGAUGGGUUUGACUGAUGACAGAGACAUCUCAGAGACUGUCAGUGAAACCUGGAGCACAGAUGUCUUGGGAAGUGACUUCGACCCCAACAUCGACGAGGACCGGCUGCAGGAAAUCGCAGGUGCAGCUGCAGAGAACAUGCUAGGCAGCUUGCUGUGUUUGCCAGGUUCAGGAUCCGUGUUGCUUGAUCCCUGCACAGGUUCAACCAUAUCAGAAACCACAAGUGAGGCGUGGAGUGUGGAAGUAUUACCAAGUGAUUCAGAGGCUCCAGAUUUAAAACAGGAGGAAAGACUGCAAGAGCUGGAGAGCUGCUCUGGGCUGGGCAGCACGUCUGAUGACACAGAUGUGAGGGAGGUCAGCUCUCGGCCCAGCACGCCCGGCCUGAGCGUUGUGUCAGGUAUUAGUGCAACAUCUGAAGAUAUUCCUAACAAGAUUGAGGAUCUCAGGUCUGAAUGUAGCUCUGACUUUGGGGGCAAAGAUUCUGUGACAAGUCCUGACAUGGAUGAAACAGCCCAUGGAGCCAGUCAGUUGACAUCUCCUCCUUCUCAAACAGAUUCUUUGCUUGCAUUGUUUGACCCUCUGUCCUCAAAUGAGGGUGUGUCAGCUGUAGUGAGGCCUAAAGUGCACUAUGCAAGACCCUCUCACCCACCCCCAGAUCCCCCCAUCCUGGAAGGAGCCGUGGGAGGUAACGAGGCGCGACUGCCGAGCUUUGGGUCGCACGCUCUGAUCCCGACAGACCUGGAAGCCUUCAAGCAGAGGCACUCCUACCCGGAGAGGCUGGUCCGCAGCAGGAGCUCGGACAUAGUGCCCUCGGUGCGGAGGCCCAUGAGCGAUCCUGGCUGGAACAGACGUGCUGGGAACGAGGACAGGGAGCUGCCCGUGGCCUCCGGCGGCGCCGGGGCAGCCGCGCUGGCCUCUCAGUCGUCGUCUUCAUCUCCCAGCAAGGACUCCUCCAGGGGAGAGAUUGAGGAACGGAAAGACAGUGAUGAUGAGAAGUCUGACAGGAACAAGCCCUGGUGGAGGAAACGUUUUGUGUCUGCCAUGCCCAAAGCUCCUAUUCCAUUUAGGAAGAAAGAAAAACAAGAAAAAGACAAAGAUGACAUGGUGCCUGACAGAUACGCAACGCUGCAAGAUGAUCCCAGCCCGAGGCUGAGUGCACAGGCACAAGCUGCUGAGGACAUUCUGGACAAAUACAGGAAUGCAAUCAAGAGAACGAGUCCCAGUGAAGGAGCCAUCGUGAACUACGACAGUGCAGAGGCAAUUGGGGAUGGUGAGAGCAUGCAUGACUCCCCACGGGAUGAGGCUUUGCAGAACAUGUCUGCAGAUGACCUCCCAGACUCUGCAAGUCAAGUAGCACAGCCACAAGGUUCUGCUUUCUCCUACAGGGAUGCAAAGAAGAAAUUGAGAUUGGCUCUUUGUUCAGCAGAUUCUGUUGCCCUCCCGAUGCUGACACACUCAACAAGGAAUGGUCUCCCAGACCACACAGACCCUGAAGAUAAUGAAAUUGUGUGCUUCUUGAAAGUUCAGCUGGCUGAAGCCAUCAACCUGCAGGACAAGAACCUGAUGGCGCAGCUGCAGGAGACGAUGCGCUGCGUCAGCCGCUUCGACAACCGCACGUGCCGCAAGCUGCUGGCCUCCAUCGCCGAGGACUACAGGAAAAGAGCUCCGUAUAUCGCGUAUUUAACGCGCUGUCGCCAAGGCCUGCAGACGACGCAGGCGCACCUGGAGAGGCUCCUGCAGAGAGUGCUGCGAGAUAAAGAAGUGGCCAACAGAUACUUCACUACAGUCUGUGUGAGGUUACUGCUGGAGAGCAAGGAAAAGAAAAUAAGGGAGUUCAUUCAAGAUUUCCAGAAACUCACGGCAGCCGAUGAUAAAACGGCCCAAGUGGAGGAUUUUCUGCAGUUCCUGUACGGGGCCAUGGCUCAGGAUGCCAUCUGGCAGAACGCCAGCGAGGAGCAGCUCCAGGACGCGCAGCUGGCCAUAGAGCGCAGCGUGAUGAAUCGCAUUUUCAAACUCGCCUUCUACCCCAACCAGGACGGCGACAUUUUGCGUGACCAGGUCCUUCACGAGCACAUACAGAGGUUAUCCAAAGUAGUGACUGCAAACCACAAGGCGCUGCAGAUACCUGAGGUGUAUCUGCGGGAGGCGCCGUGGCCGUCGGCGCAGUCCGAGAUCCGCACCAUCAGCGCUUACAAAACCCCCCGGGACAAGGUGCAGUGCAUCCUGAGGAUGUGCUCCACCAUCAUGAACCUGCUCAGCCUGGCCAACGAGGAUUCGGUACCUGGGGCAGAUGAUUUUGUUCCUGUUCUGGUCUUUGUCCUCAUAAAGGCAAACCCCCCUUGCCUGCUGUCCACUGUGCAGUACAUCAGCAGUUUCUAUGCCAACUGUUUGUCUGGAGAGGAGUCGUACUGGUGGAUGCAGUUCACGGCAGCCGUGGAGUUCAUCAAAACCAUCGACGACCGCAAGUAGCUCGCGCAGCACAGGCAGACUGAGAGCAGGAGGGGAGCUCCUAAGAAUGUACAACAGCUGCAAAAGCUGAAGAAAAGACUUUCCUUGUAAAAUACUGUACAGAAUUGAGGCAUUUUAAAACACACCUUUACUAAUCUAAUUAAUUUAACGGAUUCUCCUCUUCUCUUUGGGUUGCGUUUUCCUCCCCUCUAGAUACUGGCACUGCAAAAGGGACCACAGUUUUCAGGUAUUUUGGAAUCUCAAAACAUUCAGAAAAGUCUUCAUGCUUUCUCCACCACCCCUCUUCCCGAAUUCUUAUUCACGUGAAUCAUUCACUUCAUUUAAUUUCUAAUGAAAAACUGAAACAAGAGGAAACAGGGCAGCCACGUAGUAAACUUUCUAGUUGAAUACACCUUUUAUUAAGAAAACACCAGCCACACUGAAAGUUUGUAGUAGCUGACAUCAGUCAUUGGUUGUAUUUCACCUAAAUUUAAAAUCUGAGAGGACAGUGUAAAUAUUAUAUAACUAUAUUUAAUGCAUUGCAAGUAUCUUUGGACUUACUAUCCUUUGAAUAAACAAGCAGAAGCCUCUCUGACCUCUAACAGGUUGUGACCUACCAUGUUUGGGUGACAAAAGGACUUCCUCAAAAGGCUAAGAUUUAAAAAGGGCAAACUGAACUAUUUAUUAAGAUGUAAUUACUGAAAUUUCUAAAACUGGAAUUUAUAAUAGGGCUUAUUAGCUAGCUGAACACUUCUUGGCUAGGGCAUUAGGGUGUUCCAGAGGUUUGGAUAUAUAGAGGAGAGGGACUGUAAGUUACAAUAGAAAAGUCUAAUAUAAAAAGGAGAAAUAAAAUACCUUACUGUAAUAUUUUUUCUGAGCUAUUGUGUAUACUGUACAAACCCCAAACAGAGAUCCUUAACAGAACCUUGGGCUGUAAUAUAUAUUUUGAUUAGUGACAUUAAAUACAUAUGCCAGGGGGUUCAGUGAAUGUUUUUACUAAAUGUUCUUCGUGUUGUCUGCUAUGCAGCAGUGCAAGUUUUACUGUUCAUAAAAAAUAUUUUAAAAUAAUAUAACACUGUUCUUUAUGAAACAUAUCAUGACAUCAGUUCAGGGUGUUUUAUAGAUUUCUCACCCCGCCUUCCCCUUAAACUGACCCUUAUCAAUUUAAGGAGGUUUUUAUGCACAACACCACAUGGGUUUUUCAUGAGUGAGGUGGUCUGGGGCAUGGCCAGCAGGUGUUGGCUGUACUCUCUGCCCUUUUUCAGCUUCAAUACAGUGAAAAGGGACAGCGAGCACUGAGCUUUCUCAUGUCAGUAUUAUUUCUUGCUCUUUCCAGAGUGUUCAUUGCACUUCUGACAGAGGGAUGUGGUAAGACUUGGUGUCUGUGAGUGGUAAAGAAAACAAAAUCUUUCUCACGUUCUUUUAAAAACACAAUUGGUUCAUUUUGCGUGUGUGUGUGCAUUUUGAUGAUUAAAACCUGUAAGCAACUAGUA